UCUGCAGCUUGUUGAAUGCAGAGACCUCGCGUGCUCAUUUUUAUUAAGGUUUUAGCCCCAAAAGCGUAACAUUUGAGAACAUUAGAAACAUAUGAUAAUGACAAGCACAACUUUCUAAUGCCAUUUGACUGAAAUAAUGUUUGGUACACGAGUCCAGCCGUUCGCUUAAACUGAAACUUAAGCCGUUGAAGGAAAGGGUCAAAAACGUAUUUUCCACUAUGUUCAAAUUCAGUUUCAGGAGGGAGAAAGACAAGGAGUUUAAGCAUAUAGCUCAUGGUUUGAUCCCUGCUGCCUCCAUCGCCCCCAAGCCUGCUGUGCCUCGUACCCCGCCCCCCCGCAGCCCAAACCCCUCACCUGAGAGACCCAGAUCAGCCUUAGCAGCAGCCAUCUUGUCUUCUUCGCUCACUGGACAGGCAUGGGCCCUCCCCCCUGUCCGGCCGAGGUCUUUCUCUGAGAGCGGCCUAUCAGAGUCCUUCAUAUCUGAACCAAACAUCAGCACAGCACUUUUCAACAG